AUGACGCUCAAGGACCUGCUGAAGAAGAAGGACAGAAUCGGGGACGAGGCCGCCGCCCAGCCGCUGCCGCCCCGCGCCAGCGCCGACGAUGCAGCAGCGCGCGCGCCGCCCCCUGAGUUCACCUUCAUGCGCACAACCACGAGCACCCAAGAGGUCAUCGCCCCGCCGAGCUUCCCCGGCGAGCAGCCGCCGCCCAAGACGCCCACCGGCCACCACGGCGCCUUCCUCUCCCCCAACGACGUCUCGCCCGGCGCCAGGUCGACCCCCGAGACGCGCAGGAGCAUAUUCCGCACCUUGUCCAGCGCCGGCUCCUCGCCCCGCGGCGGCGAGAACAAGCGCCUGUCGGAGCGACUGCACCUCGGCGGCCGCUCGCGCUCCGCCUCGAGCCUGGUCAGCCUGCCAUCGGACCUGCCUGCCGUCGACGAGAGCGUCGCGCGCAGUGCCGACGACGAGGCGCAGUGGGAAAAGAGGGCGACCAUACUGGCGAAGGGCACCUUGAUCAGCAAGUCGGGCAACCUGGGAGACGGGGGGCUGGAGGCGCCGCGCAGGAGCCCAAGCCCGGCCGGCAUCGACCCGGGGAAAGACGCAAACAUACAGGAAGCCAUCAGGCUCCACGAGGCUGGCGAUCUGGAGCGGUCGACGGAGAUUUUUGGGCGGCUGGCAGAUCCGAAUGGGACCAACAAUGCGCUGAGCCAGGUGCUAUACGGGCUCGCCCUGAGACACGGCUGGGGCUGUCCGCCAAAUCCUGAGUUGGCAGUCACGUAUCUCUCGCAUGCGGCAUCGAACAGCGCGGAGAUAGAGGCUCUAGCGUUGCAGGCGGGCAUGAAGAAGGGCGGUGCGGCCAAGGGUGAGCUCGUUUUGGCCAUGUUCGAGCUUGCCAAUAGCUUCCGGCACGGCUGGGGCGUCAAGAAGGAUGCGCCGGCAGCCAGGCAAUACUACGAGACGGCGGCCAACCUGGGCGACACUGACGCAAUGAACGAGGCGGCGUGGUGCUAUCUCGAAGGGUUUGGCGGCAAGAAGGACAAGUUCAAAGCCGCACAGUUCCUUCGAUUGGCGGAGGAGAAGGGAAACAAGACGAUUGGCAACACCUGGUAA